AUGACGCCACCCACACUCACCAGAUCACUGUCCUCUCAGGACCGUCAGGGUUUGCUGCUAUCAAUCGAGCCUCUGACACCAUCUUCGUUCUCACCUUUUGGGACGGCCAUCUCGGCCCCGUUCUCGAACACUCUCAACAAUGUGCCCGCGAAGAUUCCUGAACCGCUCUACUCGGCCCAUCAGCCCGCGGCGGUCUUUGCAAACCAAAACUCGGCCUUGAAAACCUCGCCCAUCUCCCAGUUCGUCGACAAUUACCCUGUUAAGCAGCAGCAGCAGCAGCAGCAGCAUUAUUCAUCAUCCGCAGACGGUGAUGGCGGAGGCGCCACAACACGUUCCAAGCCUCAAAUGAGCAUGUUUUCAUGUUUCCCCCGAAACCUGAGCGGCGUGGGCAUCGACACGUCCCGCCGCAACCUCGCUUUCAAAGUCUCCAUUCUUGAACGACACCCGUACACCACGCAAACAUUCAGCCCGCUAGGUCUCUCGGCGGCCGACGAGGAGUCGACCGUCUUUCUCGUCAUCGUCGCACCGUCUCUCUCUUCGCCUGCCGCCGCGAAGAGCAGCAGCAGCAGCAGCAACCCGGCAGGGGAGGGUCAAGACGACCAGAUCCAGAUCCAGAAUCCACCGGACUUGUCGCGCCUCAGGGCAUUUGUCGCAAAGGGUGACCAGGCAGUCACGUACGCGCCGGGGACGUGGCACGCGCCCAUGGCCGUGAUUGGACGCCGCCGCGUCGACUUUGUCGUGACACAGUUCGUCAACGGCGUUGCCGACGACGAUUGUCAGGAGCUACUCUUGGGAGAUAAUGCCGUCAGUGUCGACUUGAGCACGCUGAACUGUGACCUGGAUCUGGACCGGGUUCAUCAGCCUCCGUAUGACAGAAAAGCCAAGUUAUAG